CAACCUCACAUCCCCACACUCUGCCCCUCACCCAAACACUCUCUUAAACUCUCUCUCUCUCUGUAAUGGCUCUCUGCAGAAACACCGCCAUUUUCUUCCUCUUCAUCUUCUUCUUCUUUUUUCCCAUUUCCUACUCUGCCCAUGAAAACAAACACCGAAACACCUCCUCCCUCUCUCUCUCCUUCCCUCUCACUCUCUCUCCUCUCUCCUCCAAAUCUUCUGCAACUUUCCGUGCUUCUCUGUUUUCCAAUUCCAAGCCCAACCCAUCUCUCAAAACGCCGUCGUACAACUACAAGCUCAGUUUCAAGUACUCGAUGGCUCUGAUCGUCUCUUUCCCUAUUGGUACUCCUCCCCAGACUCAGCAAAUGGUUUUGGACACUGGAAGCCAGCUCUCUUGGAUUCAGUGCCAUAAAAAAGCCCCCAGGGUUCCCCCUCCAACGGCGUCGUUUGACCCUUCUCUCUCUUCUACGUUCUCCGUUUUGCCUUGCACCCACCCUAUUUGCAAACCCCGAGUUCCCGAUUUUACCCUCCCCACGGACUGUGACCCGAACCGUCUCUGCCACUAUUCCUACUUCUACGCCGAUGGUACUCUGGCGGAGGGCAAUCUUGUCAGAGAAAAAUUCGCAUUUUCUACUUCUGUAAGUACUCCUCCUUUGGCCCUUGGUUGUGCGAAAGAUCCGAGUGAUAGCAAGGGUAUUUUGGGAAUGAAUCUCGGUCGUCUCUCUUUCUCUUCCCAAGCGAGAAUCACAAAGUUCUCGUAUUGUAUACCGACCCGCCGGAACCUACCCGGGUCGCUUCCUACCGGGUCGUUUUACUUGGGUAACAACCCGAAUUCCGGUGGUUUCAAAUACAUUGAUCUCUUGACUUUCCCUCAAAGUCAACGAAUGCCGAAUUUGGAUCCCUUGGCUUACACAGUGGCUAUGCAGGGUAUAAGAAUUGGCACUAAAAAGCUAAACAUACCGCCAACGGUGUUCCGACCCGAUGCAAGCGGGUCGGGUCAAACAAUGAUAGAUUCGGGCUCGGAGUUCACUUUCCUCGUGGACGAGGCUUAUAAUAAGGUGAGGGAGGAGAUUGUGAGAUUGGUGGGCCCGAGGAUUAAAAAGGGCUACGUGUACUCUGGUGGAGUCGCCGACAUGUGUUUCGAUGGAAAUGUGAUGGAGAUCGGACGGUUGGUAGGCGACAUGGCGUUUGAGUUUGAUAAAGGUGUGGAGAUUGUUGUACCAAGAGAUCAGAUGUUAGCCGAUGUUGGAGGUGGGGUCCGGUGUCUUGCAAUCGGACGGUCCAGCAUGUUAGGUGCUGCAAGCAAUAUUAUUGGAAACUUCCAUCAACAAAAUCUAUGGGUGGAAUUUGAUCUGGCCAAUCGCAGAGUUGGGUUUGGUAAGGCUGAUUGUAGCAGAUCAGUGUGAUCAGUGUGAAAGUGUGUAAUGGUAAAUUUGUAAUUAUGUGAAUCGGAGACGGUUUACAUGAAACCGUCAGAAUAUCAUUCGGACAGUGGAUAGGCGGUUGGGGGUAAAUACUAGUAGAUUGUAUGACAUGUCGAGAGUACUGCGUAUAUACGAGGAUGGGAAUAUUAGAUAUAUAUAAAAAAUAUAUUAUAUAUAUAUAUAUAUAUAAAUAACUACAUAUUUGUUCAAAUCA